UCGUGUCGCCGGAAGUGGGAGGUGUCGCGCGCGGGCCGGCGCUCGACCCCUCCCCCCCGUAGCUCGGCCGCCCCCUCCCCCCGCUCCGCCCGCUCAGAACACGAUGGCGGCAUCUGAGGUAGCUGGUGUUGUGGCCAAUGCCUCCAGUCCUCCAGACUCAUCUUCUAGUUUAUGUGCUUCCAAGUCAGAGGAAGGUCUCCCAGAUGGUCUAAGCCCUAAAGACUCUGCACAGAAGCAGAAGAACUUGCCUCUGUCGAGUGUAAGUAGCCAAACGAUAACCAAGGAGAAUAACAGAAAUGUCCAUUUGGAACACCCAGAGCAGAAUCCUGGUUCAUCAGCAGGUGACACCUCAGCAGCCCACCAGGCGGUUUUAGGAGAAAACUUGAUAGACACAGCCCUUUGUCUUUCUGGCAGUGGGUCUCAGUCUGAUUUGAAGGACUUGGCCAGCACAGCAGGAGAGGAGGGGGACACAAGCCUCCAGGAGAGCCUCCAUCCAGUCACUCGGUCUCUUAAGGCAGGGUGCCAUACAAAGCAGCUUGCCUCCGGGAAUUGCUCUGAAGAGAAAUCCCCACAAGCCUCCAUCCUAAAGGAAGGUAGCAGGGACACAGGCUUGGAUUUCCGACCUGUAGCGCCUCCAGCCAAUGGGGUUGAAGGAGUCAGAGUGGAUCAGGAUGAUGAUCAGGAUAGCUCUUCCCUGAAGCUUUCUCAAAACAUUGCUGUACAGACUGACUUUAAGACGGCGGAUUCAGAGGUAAACACAGAUCAAGAUAUUGAGAAGAAUUUGGAUAAAAUGAUGACAGAGAGAACUCUGUUGAAGGAGCGUUACCAGGAGGUCCUAGACAAGCAAAGGCAAGUGGAGAAUCAGCUCCAAGUGCAAUUAAAGCAGCUUCAGCAAAGGAGAGAAGAAGAAAUGAAGAAUCACCAGGAGAUAUUAAAGGCUAUUCAAGAUGUGACAAUAAAGCGGGAAGAAACAAAGAAGAAGAUAGAGAAAGAAAAGAAGGAGUUUUUGCAGAAGGAGCAGGAUCUCAAAGCUGAGAUUGAGAAGCUUUGUGAGAAAGGCAGAAGAGAGGUGUGGGAAAUGGAACUGGAUAGACUCAAGAAUCAGGAUAGUGAAAUUAACCGGAACAUUAUGGAAGAGACAGAACGGGCCUGGAAGGCAGAGAUCUUAUCACUAGAGAGCAGAAAAGAGUUGUUGGUAUUGAAACUAGAAGAAGCAGAAAAAGAGGCAGAAUUGCACCUUACUUACCUCAAGUCAACUCCCCCAACAUUGGAGUCAGUUCGUUCCAAACAGGAAUGGGAGACAAGACUGAAUGGAGUUCGGAUAAUGAAAAAGAAUGUUAGGGACCAAUUUAAUAGUCAUAUCCAGCUAGUGAGGAAUGGAGCCAAAUUGAGCAGCCUUCCUCAAAUCCCUACUCCCACGUUGCCUCCACCCCCAUCAGAGACAGACUUCAUGCUUCAGGUGUUUCAACCCAGUCCCUCUUUGGCUCCUCGGAUGCCCUUCUCCAUUGGGCAGGUCACAAUGCCCAUGGUUAUGCCCAGUGCAGAUCCCCGUUCCUUGUCUUUCCCGAUCCUGAACCCAGCCGUUUCCCAGCCUAACCAGCCUUCCCCACCCCUUCCUGGCUCACAUGGGAGAAAUAGCCCUGGCUUGGGUUCCCUUGUCAGCCCCCACGGUCCACACAUGCCCCCUGCCGCCUCCAUCCUGCCUCCCCCAGGCCUGGGCGGUGUUAAGGCUUCUUCUGAAACUCCUCGGCCCCAGCCAGCAGACAAACUGGAGAAGAUUUUGGAGAAGCUGCUGGCCCGGUUCCCACAGUGCAAUAAGGCCCAGAUGACCAACAUUCUUCAGCAGAUCAAGACAGCACGUACCACCAUGGCAGGCUUGACCAUGGAGGAACUGAUCCAAUUGGUAGCCGCACGGCUAGCAGAACACGAGCGGAUGGCAGCAAGUACUCAGCCUCUUGGUCGGAUCCGAGCCUUAUUCCCUGCUCCACUGGCCCAAAUCAGUACCCCAAUGUUCUUGCCUUCUGCCCAGGUUUCAUAUUCUGGAAGGUCUUCACAUACUCCAGCCACCUGUAAGCUGUGUCUAAUGUGCCAGAAACUUGUCCAGCCCAGUGAGCUGCACCCAAUGGCAUGUACCCAUGUGUUACACAAGGAGUGUAUCAAAUUCUGGGCCCAGACCAACACAAAUGACACUUGUCCCUUUUGUCCAACUCUUAAAUGACGGACCUGACUGGGGAGGAAGAAGAAGAGAAACUGAUGUGAACAGGAAGCGCGGGUUCAAGAUUUCUAAAACUCUAUAUUUAUACAGUGACAUAUACUCAUGCCAUGUACAUUUUUAUUAUAUAGGUAAUAUGUGUAUAGAAAGUCUGUAUUCAAAUGUUCGUAAAUGAAAGUAUGUAUAUUAUGCAGAAACAGUCUGUUCCCCUCAUCUUACAAUUCCGUUGGGGGAUGCAGAUUGUAGGGAAGUUUUUUAGUUUGGCCUUGAAAUUAUGAUAUCGCUGCCCAGGGCUGUUUUCAAAUACAAUAUAAAAACCAUCUAGGAAGCUGCUGUCGCUCUACAGCCAUCCUGCUUUGGUUGGGCUCAGCCUCUAGUCCAUUUUCUUAAGGUUCCUGUCUGCAGAUUUAAAGCCUGGUGCUCACCUGCUGUCCAACCAGAUGCCUUGCUUACUGAAAGCCUCCAGAAGCCUCAGUAUUGUUUUAGUCACUCCAGAUGGAUAAAAGGAGACUGACUGAGGAAAAAAAA